GCGAGGUGCAGGCAAGUCUUGUGUCCAUUCGUAGAGAAAGCUUUGCAGGAUUCAGCUCUCACGUCCGUCCGUUGGAAAGCUUCAGUGGAAGGGACCGUAGAAUUUGUUGUGCUACGCUAUCAGGCGCUGCUGGCUCUUCGUAAGAGAAGAUCAUGUCGCGAAUAAUCGUCAAAAAGCUGCCGAGAUACAUCAGCGAACAGCGCUUUCGAGAUAUAUUUUCAGCUCAAGGUGAUAUUACUGAUUCCAAGUUAAUCUACACCAAGGAGGGAAAUUUCCGUGGCUUCGGAUUCGUUGGGUACAGGCGCCCUGAGGAUGCUCAGAGUGCUGUAGAGCACUUCGAUAAAUCUUACUUGGACACCACCAAGUUGCAGGUUGAACAUGCCAAGUUGCCCGGUGACCAAUCGCUACCUCGUCCCUGGAGCCGACAUGCUCCUGGAAGCAGUGCGUUCAAGAAAUCUCAACAGCAACCCGAUGAAAGUCAAGAUGACGAAGAAGAAGGCGACAGGCCAGAGAAGGGCAAGAAAAAGGAGAAGAAGAAGAAGCAGACAAUUGCCACACUUCUGAAAGACAAAGUCGGUGUGGAUGAAGAUGAUCCUGCAUUUCAAGAGUUCCAAGCACUCUAUAACCGUGGAGAGAAGAAUAAGACAUGGGCCAACGAUGCUUUG